CCCCGGCUCCCAACAGCCAGACAUCCGUAUCCGCUUGGUCUGCAGGCCCGUUCUCACCAGCGUCUCCUCCCGAGACAGAGAUCCUCCAUCUGCAUCGCACGAGCUGCGGCAGUUAUCCAGCACGUACCCAGUUGCGGCAUUAUGUCCUCCAAGAAUACGCACAUCGCCGUCAAAGCCAACAAGCAGCAGCAGCUCGGCCAAGUCAACAAGCUCGUAUUCAAGAGCGAGGCUGAUGUCGAGCUGCUUGAGAACCUGCGUGACUACAUGAAGAAACGCGCAGAGAUCGAGAACGAUUAUUUCAAGAGCUUGGAGAAGCUCUCAAAGAGCUACAUCCAGAAAAAGUACCGCAAGGUGUCGCAGAGCGGACGCUCCCAUGGACUCACCGUCGAGGAAGAUGACAGCAAGGGCGAGCCCAGCCGCGAGCAAAGAGCAAUGUACACAGCAUUCUCGACGCUUUUGCAAGAAUCCGAGCGGCAGGCCAAGGCACGAGGCCAGAUUAGCGAGACGCUCGUAACCUCGGUCACCGAUGUGCUCAAGGACGUCACCAAGGAUAAAAUCUCAGCCAACAAAAAGAACUCUGAGUUUGCGACAAAAUACCUCAAGGAUCUCCAUGCUGCCUACGACGAGCUGGAAAAGGUCAAAGCCGUCUACGAUAAAGCAGCCAAGGAUGCCGACCAGGCCAACAGGAAGUACGAGGAGGUCCUCAAGAAGCCCAACGGUGGCAUAUUUGCCUUCUCCAAAACUAACCCCGAGGAGAAUAUUGAGAAGGCCAAUAUUAAGAAAAAGAACGCCAACAGCCGCCUUCUCAACGUCCGCAACGAGUACAUCCUUGCAUCUGAGGCUGCAAAUGCGAUGCAGCAACUGUAUUAUACAUCGGAUCUCCCCAGCUUGAUGAAGAAGUUGGACGGAUCCUUCCACGUCACACUCAAGAAUCUGAUGUCUGUGUACGUCAACCUUGAAACCAGCUUUACCGAAAUGCUUGUCGGCAGCACCAACAGCAUGAGAACCACGAUCGCCCGCAUUGACCAGGAUGCAGACACGGAGCUGUGUCUACGUGAAGGCGGCAGCAUGUUUGUUUCGCCCUCAACGAUCCCUCUGGACAACUCAUACAACGACACAGAAACCGGCCUUGUCCUCGAUGAGACAUCGAGGGAUUCGCUCGGUCGUAAGCUGGGUGUGCUGCUUCGAGAAGAGGAGGAGCUCAACCGCGCCUUGGAGAAGAAGCAAAAAGAGCUUGCCGGCAUCAACAGCCUCGUCCAGGUCUACAAGGACACUCCUCAGUUUGGCAAUGCUGCGAGCCCGCUCGAGCAAAAACUCGAUCUCGACAACGCUGUAGAUCUGCUGAAGCUAUCCUUGGCACGCGUCUCAACGGCCACGGCUCUUCUAAAGAAGAUCAACGUGCAACCGAUAUUCGAGGCCCUCGCUGUCUCGCCCAGCAUGUCUGCUACACCAUCAGGACGAGGCUCAGUCACCGCUUCAUCCAGCCAUGCAAUUGCCCUCUAUGCCUACGAUGCAGCCGAGGCAGAGGAGCUCUCGAUUCAAGAACAAGAGGAUCUGACGGUCCUCGGUCCUGAUGAAGAAGGCUGGACCAAGGUUCGAGGGCGACGUGGCGAAGGCUACGUUCCAUCAAACUACAUCAAGGCUACUACUUUGGCCGACCGGCGCGUAUCAUCCGUCAGCUCCAUCAGUAGGAGCACGUCGGCCUCGCUGCCAAUCACUGCCCUGGCCGAUCCGCGACGCUCGUCGGUUGCCAAGUCUGUCACCACUCAGGUCAAAGCGAUCUAUGACUACACUGCCAGCGAUGCCGAGGAAAUUACCUUCAAAGCUGGUGAUGUCAUCGAGGUGACCCGGGUAACCGAGAAUCAUGAAGAUGCCUGGUGGGAGGGGCGCGUCGUCCGAACACAGCAGCGAGGCAACUUCCCCGUUGUCUUUACCGAAGGAUGGGAGGCCGUGGCUGCUUCUGGCCCGACUACAGGCGGAAGCGCAAAGAGCCUUGGCAUUGCAAAGACGGCGUCGCUAAGUAGCUCGGCGACGAGCCGUGCCACCGGUGGCAAGAAGGGCUCGAGAGCCCGGGUGUUGUUUGCGUACGAUGCCACUUGUGAGGGCGAGCUCAGCCUCAAAGUCAACGAUAUCGUUACCGUUACAAACAAAUCGACGGGCAGCAACGAGUGGUGGGAAGGCGAAACCAGCCACGGCAAGGGCCAGUUCCCAGCCGCUUAUGUUGAACUGAUUGACGAUGGAGAUCGUGACACCGUGUCAAGCAAGAGCAGCAAAUCCACCGUCACUUCGUUCAAAGUCCGGGCCUUGUAUGACUACGCCGCAGCAGCGACUGGUGAGCUGACCUUCAAGACCGGAGAUGUUAUCACUGUUACCGACACCUCGGAAAAGGACUGGUGGUCCGGUGAGCUCCGAGGCAAUAAGGGCUAUUUGCCGCAGACAUACGUUCAGCGCAUCUAGCCGGCGACAAGCUAUUAGCUCAGACAUUGUUUCGCUGCGACAAUGUUCACAAAAUGAAGCAGAGUGCCACUGUUUAUGGAGCCAAUGAAAUAAAACGAGUUUUGGUCGUUGAACAAA